AUGCAAAUCUCCCUCUUUUCCGUCUUUCUCUCCGCCAUCGGCUUGACCAGUGCCCUCCAUAACGGUCUGGCCGCGACGUGGAACGCCACCAACUUUCAACUGGAGUGCUCGCCCGGCGGCUGUGCCUAUCGCUUCAAUAUCUCUGCACCCCCGACAGAUAAUGCGCCGGGCUUUGACACAUUCUGCGAGGGUCUUACCCCCAAUGCCACGGUCUGUAACGACACUACGAUCACCGCGUCAGUGAGCCCCUUGACAAAUCCGCUCUGGAAUGUCAAGGUACAGCACGAGUGGCACGAAGAGGAAACGGACUUUGACGCGGAGGCAACCUACUGGCAGGCAGGCUCCACCAAUGUCACGGACACCAAUUCGACCUUCCUCAUCAAACCGAAUGUCUUCUACGGAGUCGCCUAA